GUGCCGCGGCCCCUGCACACCCUCAUGCACGGCCAGGGCGUCUGCACAGACCUGGCCGACGUCGAGGCCAUCCAGGAGAGCCUCCAGCCACAGGAGAAGGAGGAGAUUGACCACCCCAACAACAGCUUCAGCCCCUGCAGCAUCCACGACCGCAAGUGCCUGCAGAAGCAGCAGGCGAAGCGGGUCAACAACGGCAACAAGAUGCGCAACAGCGGGAGCCCGUACCACCGUGAGGAGACGCGGCCCAUAGCGCAGGGCUCGUGCCAGAGCGAGCUGCACCGGGCGCUGGAGAGGCUGGCCGCCUCGCAGACCCGUACGCACGAAGACCUGUACGUCAUCCCCAUCCCCAACUGCGACCGCAACGGCAACUUCCACCCCAAGCAGUGUCACCCGGCGCUGGAUGGGCAGCGAGGCAAGUGCUGGUGCGUGGACCGCAAGACGGGGGUGAAGCUGCCGGGCUUCCUGGAGCUGAAGGGGGACUUGGACUGUCACCAGCUGGCGGGCAGCAUGUGAGCGCGACUGCGGCAGCCCCGCCCCAUGCCACCCCCAGGGCACCCACCAGGGCUGCGUAGGAGAGGAAGAGAGGGGACAUGACCGCCGAGCAGCUCCCCGGUGCGAUGGGACCCUGGCAUGCGCCCCAGAUCGCCGCUGUGCUCUGCGCCACGGGCUGCCCACGGCACGGGGCACGGCACCGCGACCUGUGCCAUGACCACUAGCUGCCACUGCUGAGGGCUCCCCGGCACGCGCCAGCGGCAC